AUGGGUAACGACGGCGGAUCCAUCCCCAAACGGCGCGAACUCGUUAAAGAAGCUGCAAAAGCCCUAACAACCGCACAAAUCAAAGAGGCGCAAACCGAACAACAAGAAUACGCCUGGUCCACCGACCCUCUUACCCGCAAACCGCUCGCCCGCCCCGUGGUAUCCGACGCAGCCGGCAUCCUCUACAACAAAGACUCCAUCAUCGAGUACCUCCUCAAAGACGACAGCGAUGUCGAGAAAGCCGAGAUGAAGAAGAUUGGCGGCGUCAAGGACUCCGAGCUAGGUACAUUUGGCGACAGAGUCAAGGGCCUCAAGGAUGUUGUCGAAAUCAAGUUCGAAGUCGACACCGCAGCGGAGUCUGGCGCGGGCGAAAAGUGGAAGUGUCCGAUUACAGAGGAGCGACUGGGUGCGGGAAGUAAGGCCGUGUACGUAGUACCCUGUGGCCACGCUUUCGCAGGGAGUGUUAUGAAGGAGAUAUCUGAGAAGGCGUGUUUGACUUGCAACGAACCCUACGCCGAAAACGACCUCAUACCCAUCCUUCCCACCCUACCCACCGACAUCGCGCGCCUAAACCUCCGCUUGAAAACGCUACGAGAAAAAGGUCUCACGCACGCGCUGAAAAAAGCGCCCGGUAGCAAAAAGAAGCGCAAGCACGCUACUACCGACGAACAAACUCAACUCACCACCUCUUCCGCCUCCACCAAACCCUCCUCGUCCUCCGACGAAGAUAAAAAAGCCGCCCCCAAAGACAACGGCGCUGCCACAACUAAGCCUGUGUCUACUACGACGACGAGUGACGGAAUCAAAAACAGCGCCACAGCUUCGCUAACGAGAAAAGUGCUGCAAGAGCAGGAAGAAAGGAAUAAGCGGCGCAAGAUGGCGCAGAAUGAAAACGUGAGUAGUUUGUUUAGUAAGAAGGAGCAUAAGGCUUCCGCGGGGAAUAGCGCGGAUUUUAUGACGAGGGGGUUUAGUAUUGGGAAGAAGUGA